CCCUUGCCCCCCACUCCUCAGAAGUCUGUCACGUUCUGCGCCCACUACAAUCACGAGAGACGCAAACGCACGGACAAACGCAAACAGAUCGACAAACAUAUUGAACAAUACCACUCGGACCCGGAAAAACCGCAGACGGAAAUCAAAAAGAAAACGAAAGACGAUGACGUCAGAUAUUAUUCGGAACCGGACGCGAAGUAUUUCGAGAUCGACUACGAAUUCCUCAAAGAGUUACGUCAGAUCGCUAGAAAUAACUGCCCUAAAUGUCGCCGAAGAUCCAAGAAGGUCGACAAUACGAAAAGAUAUAGAGAAAAGAGACAGAAAGAGAGAAAAAGAGGCGAAGAGAACUACGUUCUGUGUAACGGGAGGUAUCACAGCGCCCGGCAACAUUGCAGAUUCUGCUGCAAAAUCUGCAAUCGGUCGACGGACACGCUCGACUCUUACGACGACGAAUAUUCGUUCGUUUCGAAGAGUUACAGCUUCCCGUCGAGCAGGACCACUAGCUCUCGAUCGAGAUCGAUCCCGAGCAAAUUCAAGGAGAGAAAGAAUUCGAUACAAUCGAAUAAAUCGGUGUCCUUCUUGGAGUCCAGUAACGAGGAGUCGAUGAAAGACGAACCGAAUUACACGGCGAAGAGUUUCACAAAUGAUCUGAAGAAGUUCUUACUUAAACCGUCGUCGCCUCGACUCAGUUUGAGGGAGAAGUUUAUGAUCAGUUUCAAGCAGGAGCUGGAGGCGACGAAAAAGUCACCGAAGUUAAAGGCUAUUAAGGGAUUAUGGAAAUCUUAUUGAAUUUAACCUAACGGAAGCGAAGUAUACAGCAUUUUGGUAUGUUUAUCACGGAUUUUCUAUUAAGUCUUGUGCGAUUGGCAAUUCAGGUCGAGUUACAAUUUAUUUCAGACAGUGAUUAGAUAUGAAAAUGUAUUUUUCUUGACUUUUUCAAUUCUUGGUGCUGUGUUCUGUUGUGUUUUUUAAUUUAUACGGUAACUGUACAAACGUGUUCAUAUUGGUCUAAACGUAGGUGCUAACCUAUCUAUACCCGUCCUUGUUUAUUUAUCUUUCUAUUUAUUGGAACUAAGAUUCUAAUUAGACAUUAGCGGUCCUUCUGAGGCGCUUUCGUAGGAGUAAGUCAAUACUACUGAAUUGGCGUCUUUGUGACUUUCAAGUUAAAGUGCAUUUUACAAUGUACAUCAACGUGUAUUGUUGAGUCGGUUUGAAUUUAAAAGCAAUCCAUCACUAAUGAGUGAAAGGGACGCAGUUAUUAGGAAAGAAAGAGCAAAUAGAAUAUUUUCUCUUAAAACUUAAUGGUAUCGUGAAAAGAUGUUUAAUCUUUUUAUCUGUAAUAGAAAUCGCGUAGAUCGUAAAAAUAAAAGUUAAAAUUAACAUUUUAAAGAUUUAGAUUACUUAGCGGUGUGAUUUAUUUAAAAUGGGAAAUUUAGAUUUUGCGAUAGUGGUUUUCAAUUAUAUUAGUAAUAUGAUGAAAUUCCCUUAUUGAAAUAUGACAUCAUUGAAAUAAAACUCGUCCUAGUCUCGACAUAAAAAUCUUAAAACAAUGACUACUACAAAAUCGGAAGUAUUACAAAAAGAACAAAAUUUAAGACAUUGGAUCUCAGAAAACACAAAAUUGCAUCGUAGCGUAGAUUAGAUUUGUGGUAGUUAUCUAGGGAACAAUAGACAACUUUUGUUGUAUAGAUGUUUGUAUACUCUGUUAGAUUUAGGUAUGCCAUUUUUGCGUUUUACUAAAAUCUGUAUCAACUUGUGUAAUACGUUUAGUAAAAUGCAAAAAUUUAAUGAAAAAUUGUGACAGUUCGUUAGUCCAUUGACGAUAUACAGUUAUACACGUAGAGGUAGUAAGCACAGUGAAAUUAGCACAUUUAAUAGAUAUUCUAAAGUACUUUGAUACCGUAUAAGAAUUUAAAAAUUAUUUGCAAUUUUUUAAACAUAAACAUCACAAAAAACCGAUUUAGAUAUUACGUCUUUCCUAAAAUAUGAUAUGAUUUUAAAUUAUGUCAAAAACUCUAGUGCAAACAAAAUAUAACUAUAGUUCAGAGAUUAUACAAUUAUGCACGUUAUGGUAGAAACUUUUCAUGUUAGUGAUGCGUAAAAUAUAGAUUUACAAGCUAAAGCUAUUGUUUCCUCAGCUAUCUUUAGUAAUUACAAUACUACUAAUUCAGUCUUAUCAAUUUAAACUAUUCCAUAUUAAGUUAGUAAAACGCACGCAUACGUUGGCGCGUACGUCGUGACGUAUACGUUAAACUGAAAACAACUCCAGUUAUGACAACGUUUUGUAAGGUUUUGUUUUGAGCAGUAUGGUUCAUAAUAAGACACAUAUAUUUCUUUUUGUAGAUUUUUUUAUAACAGAAUCUGACUUAGUAAGGAAUAGUUUGUGGAUCUUUCAACUAUUAAUUAAGAUUUAUCAACUAUCAAUAAUUUUGUGGACCAUUCUUUGCUAAAUAGUUAUUUGGAUUAAAAUAUAUUUAUUUUUAAAUUAUCUCCAUAGAUAUUUUUCUGAUAUAAAGCAAUAAAAAGUGCUCUUUAUUCAACGAAAUAACCUAUGCAAUAAAUACAAUUAUUUUGAAAUUUAAAGCAAUAGAAAUGAUAUAUUUAGUCUAAGAGAUAAUUUGUUUAGCACGAUUACGGUUUUUCGAUAUUUGAUAUAAGACGUUACAAUUUUUUGAUUCUACCAUUAUUAUUGUUUGUUGUCGUUUGCGCAACAGUUAACAAUUUAUAUCUUUGUCCUUGGUUCACUCAAGUACUAUAUGACGGAAGCAUAUAACCCGUUUUGAGUAAUUUACAGAUAUAAGUGAGACACGCCCACUACGGCACUCCUAAAGUUUUGUAAAGGAAAAUGCUAGUUCUUCAUAUAAGUAACGAACGGCGUUUUAUAUGAUUAUGUUUUGUUGAAUCGAUACUGCUGUUGGCCAUCGUGGUGAAACCAGAAGUUGAAGUUGCGAUCUCAAUGAUAUAUUUAACAAGAGGCUUACGAUUUUAUAUUUGAGCACAGUUAGUUAAGUUUUUGUACAGUUUUAAUUUGAGUUUACGCUUGUCGCUUAUUCAGAGCUUGGCAAUGGUUAUUUAAGUUUUCGGCGCAGAUGCGCCACAGAGCUGAAUGUGCAAUAGUUCAAAAUGUUGCCAGUCAAACGUCGUAUUCAAUUUGUUUACACGGUGCUAAGUAGCGGCUUUUCCUAGAACAAUGUGAAAAUGAAACUGGCAAUCUGAUAAAAUAGUUACCAUAGAAAAUGUUUAACUACAAUAUGCACAAAAACAGUUCAAUUUACAAUAGAAUAGGUUUUUACUUUUAGUUGUUAAAUUAAUUUGAUCUGACAUAAGUUAUUGCCAUCUUCGCGCUCUUGAAGCCUAAAGUUUAUUUGACGUUUCUUUAAGUAUUUAUGUUUUGUAUAUAAUAUAGAAUUUUUAUUAAACUAUGACCAGAAAAUUUCCUUAUAGUUAGGAAGGCCCGAACGUGUAUUUUAAAAUUGACAAUAAACAGUAUUUAUACAAUGUAUGUAACGUAGUCUAUAUUAUAUUGUUUUGGAGAUAUAUUUAUAUGUUAAUAUUUGAUAAUUUCUGUAUUUUGUAAUGGUAUUAUUUUAUUUUAGAUUGUGUAUAAGUAUUUUGUGUAUAUUUGUGUACGGCCGUGAGCGUUGGCCAACCUUACAUAUUGUUUAUGCAAAUGUUUCAACGAAUUGUUUUUAAUUUAGAACGAAGCAAUAAAAUAAUAAACGAUAUUA